CGCCGGCCGCACUGAGCAUGCCCAGUUGCAGAGCCGACCAGAGGAGUUUUUUCUUUUCUUUUCUUUUUUUUUUUUUUUUUUAGGGGGGGUCUCAAGUAGGAGGCCUCCCCACCACCCCCACCCCAGUCCCCCACCACCCCCGGCCUAAGCAGCUACCAUGGCCCAGGUGGCCGACGCGGCGUUGUCCCAGGCGGGUUGGUAUCUUUCAGAUGAAGGCAUUGAAGCUUGCACAAGCUCUCCAGACAAAGUCAAUGUAAAUGACAUCAUCCUGAUUGCUCUCAAUAUCUGAGAACAAUUGGCAAGAAAUUCCUCCCCAGUGACAUCAAUAGUGGAAAGGUAGAAAAGCUCGAAGGUCCAUGUGUUUUGCAAAUUCAAAAAAUUCGCAAUGUUGCUGCACCAAAGGAUAAUGAAGAAUCUCAGGCUGCACCAAGGAUGCUGCGAUUACAGAUGACUGAUGGUCAUAUAAGUUGCACAGCAGUAGAAUUUAGUUAUAUGUCAAAAAUAAGCCUGAACACACCACCUGGAACUAAAGUUAAGCUCUCAGGCACUGUUGACAUAAAAAAUGGAUUCCUGCUCUUGAAUGACUCUAACACCACAGUUCUUGGUGGUGAAGUGGAACACCUUAUUGAGAAAUGGGAGUUACAGAGAAGCUUAUCAAAACACAAUAGAAGCAAUAUUGGAACUGAAGGUGGACCACCUCCUUUUGUGCCUUUUGGACAGAAGUGUGUAUCUCAUGUCCAAGUGGAUAGCAGAGAACUUGAUCGAAGAAAAACAUUGCAAGUUACAAUGCCUGUCAAACCUACAAAUGAUAAUGAUGAAUUUGAAAAACAAAGGACGGCUGCUAUUGCUGAAGUUGCAAAGAGCAAGGAAACCAAGACAUUUGGAGGAGGUGGUGGUGGUGCUAGAAGUAAUCUCAAUAUGAAUGCUGCUGGUAACCGAAAUAGGGAAGUUUUACAGAAAGAAAAGUCAACCAAAUCAGAGGGAAGACAUGAAGGUGUCUAUAGAGAACUGGUUGAUGAGAAAGCUCUGAAGCACAUAACGGAAAUGGGCUUCAGUAAGGAAGCAUCGAGGCAAGCUCUUAUGGAUAAUGGCAACAACUUAGAAGCAGCAUUGAACGUACUUCUUACAAGCAAUAAACAGAAACCUGUUAUGGGUCCUCCUCUGAGAGGUAGAGGAAAAGGCAGGGGGCGAAUAAGAUCUGAAGAUGAAGAAGACCUGGGAAAUGCAAGGCCAUCAGCACCAAGCACAUUAUUUGAUUUCUUGGAAUCUAAAAUGGGAACUUUGAAUGUGGAAGAACCUAAAUUACAGCCACAGCAGCUUCAUCAGGUACAAUACAGAUCAUCAAAUACUGAGCAAAAUGGAGUAAAAGAUAAUAAUCAUCUGAGACAUCCUCCUCGAAAUGAUACCAGGCAGCCAAGAAAUGAAAAACCGCCUCGUUUUCAAAGAGACUCCCAAAAUUCAAAGUCAGUUUUAGAAGGCAGUGGAUUACCUCGAAAUAGAGGUUCUGAAAGACCAAAUACUUCUUCAGUAUCAGAAGUAUGGGCUGAAGACAGAAUCAAAUGUAAUAGACCGUAUUCUAGAUAUGACAGAACUAAAGAUACUUCAUAUCCUUUAGGUUCUCAGCAUAGUGAUGGUGCUUUUAAAAAAAGAGAUAACUCUAUGCAAAGCAGAUCAGGAAAAGGUCCCUCCUUUGCAGAGGCAAAAGAAAAUCCACUUCCUCAAGGAUCUGUAGAUUAUAAUAACCAAAAACGUGGAAAAAGAGAAAGCCAAACAUCUUUUCCUGAUUAUUUUUAUGACAGGAAAUCACAAACAAUAAAUAAUGAAGCUUUCAGUGGUAUAAAAAUUGAAAAACAUUUUAAUGUAAAUACUGAUUAUCAGAAUCCAGUUCGAAGUAAUAGUUUCAUUGAUGUUCCAAAUGGAGAAGUAGAAAUGUCACUGAAAGGAAGACGAAUAGGACCUAUUAAGCCAGCAGGACCUGUCACAGCUGUACCCUAUGAUGAUAAAAUAUUUUACAAUAGUGGGCCCAAACGAAGAUCUGGGCCAAUUAAGCCAGAAAAAAUACUAGAAUCAUCUAUUCCUAUGGAGUAUGCAAAAAUGUGGAAACCUGGAGAUGAAUGUUUUGCACUUUAUUGGGAAGACAACAAGUUUUACCGGGCGGAAGUUGAAGCCCUCCAUUCUUCGGGUAUGACAGCAGUUGUUAAAUUCAUUGACUACGGAAACUAUGAAGAGGUGCUACUGAGCAAUAUCAAGCCCAUUCAAACAGAGGCAUGGGGAGACGUGAGACUUCAAUCAAAUACAUUUAAGAAAUACAUUGGUUUGGUCAAGACGGGACAACUUGAAGCGGGGGCUUCUAGCUUACAGGAGGAAGAAGGCACCUACGAUCAAACUCUGGAGUUCCGUAGGGGAGGUGAUGGUCAGCCAAGACGAUCCACUCGGCCAACCCAACAGUUUUACCAACCACCCCGGGCUCGGAACUAAUAGGAAAAGUAGACUCUUUGUGAAGAAACGAGCCGGUGACUGAAACAUCCUGGUGGAAGACCUUCCACCUUCCACUUUCUCUUCAGAAUAAGUAGCAGCUGUGGUGGAUAUUAUUAUUUGAAGAAAGAAAAAGCAGAUUUUAGGGUGGAAAAAAACAGUCAACUCACACAAAGAAUGGGAAAAAAUAUUGAGUUAAAUAAAGCCAAUACCUUUUACAAGUGAAAGGAAGAAUUUUUCUUCUGCCAUCAAUAAAACCAUUGUGCUAUUAUUGUU